AUGCCCCACGCCUUAGCUCCAGUAGCCGAAGCCGAGAAUGACGCGCAUGAGCUUGAUCUUGGGGCAGAACCAGGGGAGGCGCAAGCUCUUAACACCGACAGAGAGAAUGGCGGAGGGGAGGCGGAAGGCGCGGGCGGAAGCGGGAGUGGCGGAGGAUGGGGGGAGCGGAGAGCGCAGCUGCUGCAGCUCGGAGCGGCGAGCUGGGACCGGCUGGUGCCGCGGCGAGUGCGGAGAAUCUUCGGGCAGGGGAUCAUGCCGCGCGCGUGGGGGUCGCAAGGGCCGAUAUUCGGGCUCGUGGACCGGCAGACUACGCCAGCAUCGGCAUGGGAGUGGCUAGUGGACACGUGGAAGUCUCGGCGCGUGGGGCAGCUGGAUUUCCUCCGCCAUCCGCUGGUGCGGCCGGUGGUGCAGCUGCCGACUGAGGCGUUCGUGGGGCUGCUGUUCUGGACGAGCGUCAUGGCGUUCGUGCGCUCCGUGUACUGGUUCAUGCUCGCCGCGCAGGGCCUCACCUCGCACAUCCUCCUGCUUGGUUACCUGCUCGUCCCAGGUCUCGUGCUAGGUCACGAGUUUCUACACCAGCUGCUCUCCACCAAUCCCGUGCUCCGAGCGCUGCUCGUCCUGGGCGGCGUGGUCGGCGCGGAGGGUCGGGUUCGGGCUCGCGGGGGGGCUGCUGCUGCUGCAGGCGCUGCAGUUGGCGUUCGGCGGGCGCAACCCGCUGCUUGCGCGCUGGUGGGGGCUGCUGCUGCUGGCGGUGCUCCCCGGCGCGUGGGUGGCGGCGCUUCUGCUGUAUGA